GCAUCAUGCCUCGGAACAGAUGUUUGACAUCUGCGAGCGCGUGACGUGCGCGAGGAUUAAAUAAAAACGAAUAACAUAAAUGACACGAUGUUGAUCGAUGUUAGUCGGUUUUGAUUUUUUUUUCCUCCCGAAACUUGACAGCCGUACGACUCCGAUCAGACGUCCCGAUCGUAAAAUCCAUCCUGUAUGACAGCGAGACUGGUAUUUAUUUAUAAAUCGCAGGUAGCCAUGUUUUCGCGAGGGUCGCGUUCGCUCGACCUCCAAUAUGGGCGUUCCUUUUUGUCGUCUGCAAUGUGUCAGAUGAGCGGCCAGCUGAGGAUGCUCGAGAACCGUUGGGUGUUUGCGGCCGAGUGAGAUUUGUCGGAAGAAUUCGCGACAGAGCUCGACGAGAAGACGUUGGAGACCCAGGAGAUGCUCCCUGUUCGUUUUGACGUUUCGGAUUUCCGUUCCGCUGUCCUCGUCGAAGGAAGAAAGUGUCGCGAUAACAAAGGACACUUUUCUCGCGCCGAUUGAGCACGAUAAUUGAAUUAAAGGCCCGGGAAAACGUGCGCGAGCUCGCUUCAUCGGACAGUCCCUUCUUCGCCGAGGCGCAAAAUUCUACGUCCACCGUGAAAUCGAUGGAAUCCCACCGAUUCACUCGAAAGAUUAUGUAGCGGGAUCGAGAGAAAAAAAUUGAGGCGUCCGAAGAACUUUCUACUGUGCUAGUUAUUUGAUACGAGACGAAAGGAGGGAGAGAGAAAAGUUUGUUUCCAGAUAAUAAGCGGCGAGAUACUUCAAUGUAAGCUCCGAGAAACUAAAGUACAAGGUUCCUGUUCCAAAUCAGCUGAUCGGCAAAGAAAGAAUUUAAUUAGGCUUUAACGAGAAUAUAUGAAUUAUUUUGAAUAUACAUAUAUAUAUAUAUAUAUAUAUUGAAGAGAUUUGUUACACAAUAACUUCACUCGCGUCCGAUAAUUCUGUAUACGUGUAACAGAAAGAAAAAGAAAAUAGUUGGAAAAUGUCGGUGAACCAUUCGACAACGAUGAGUACAAACAGAAAUAAUUUACAAAAUCGUAAUUCGCAACGAUCUACUCUUCUGAAAGUGGUGAUACUUGGAGACGGUGGUGUUGGAAAGUCCUGUCUUAUGAACAGAUUUGUGUCGAAUCAUUUCGAUGAGCAUAGUUUUCACACUAUCGGAGUAGAAUUUCUAAACAAGGAUAUCGAGAUUAAUGGCGAGGCUUAUACAUUACAAAUAUGGGACACCGCAGGUCAGGAGAGGUUCAAAACUCUCAGAACACCUUUCUACAGAGGCUCAGACAUUUGUCUUCUGACUUACGCAGUAGAUGAUAGGACAAGUUUUAAAAAUCUAGCACUAUGGAGAUCUGAAUUUCUUAAAUACGCAGAUGUUCAAGAAGACUCCAGUUUUCCAUUUAUCGUUGUGGGUAAUAAAGUGGAUGUUGUCGAGUCUGAAAAGCAGGUUUCCACAGAAGAAGCUCAAGCUUGGUGUUUAGAGAAUGGCAACCCUCCGCUAGUUGAGACAUCAGCGAAGGAUGCCACUAAUGUUGAGGCAGCAUUUGGGGCAGCGGUUGAUGCAUGGGCGCGAUUAGAAGCUAAAUUAGAACGGCCUUUAGUGGAAGACACCGUCGAUCUUUCUAAACAGCAGUCUCCGCAUCGUUCGAGCUGCUGCAUGCCCGUGUCCAGCGCCGAAUCUUCAUUUGUGACCAGCUAAUUGAAUUGGGUCCGUAAGAAGAUAAACAUGCAGUUCUUAUCAACAUUUCUGGAACAGAUUAAAGUCUCUUUGCGUUUGGAAGAAGUACAUAAUGUCAGAAAUCGAAACUCGUAGAGAAAUGGUGUUUACCCUCUUUAGGCUCAAUAAGAAUAUUACACAAUAUAAGUGUAAGACACUAUUUUAAUCUAAUUUUUUGUUUACAUAUUCACACAGCAGGAUGCACACUUUGUGAAAAUUUAUUUUUAUUUCAUAGAGAAUUCAAACUCUUGUGAAAAAGUUUGAUUGAUUAAUCUCGUUAUUCUCUCAGACUUCCUUUUCAGUUUUGUCAGAGAUAGACAUUUUUUACAAAUUAUAUUUAAGACAUCAUUUUUUCACACGUGGCAUACUUUGUUUCUAGGUCUAACAAAGUAAUUUGAAGAGAAUCUCUUGCCUGUCUACAAAUACUCUCUUCAUUAUACGGUAAACUUUCUUUAUUGAAACACUGGAAUUACGUCGGUUGUAUAUAAACGGCAUAUAUUGUUUCAAAUUUUUUACUUAAGGCUGAUUAAGAUUUCCAAAGAAUGUGUGGUCUAAUUUAUAAGAUAUUAGUAGCAAUGAACGAACAAUGAUUUUACUGGCUGCCUCUUUCUUUUCUACGAAUCUUAACAAAAUACUCGAGUAAAGCCACCGAAAUCAUAUUAUAUGAGACAAAUAAUGUAUUGUGUGAUAUGAUAUUUUCGAAAUACAAUCUUAAGAUUUAAGAUCAA